AUGAAUAUCACCAAUCACCCUCGGGAUAACCCCGCGUUGGAAGAACUAGCAGAAGUGAUCCAGAAAUCUUUAGAGACCAAUUUCGCCCAUGCAAGUGCGAGCGUCGCGCAAUGUCCAGACCUGCGCCAGCCGCCCUUCAAUCUCGCUGCCCCGGGUCUUUCAGGCAGCCCAUGCAUAGCAGAUAUCGGCGGACAACCAAAUCUAUUUCCAUCUCCUAAUUUUCAAGCAAAAUACUGUCUUCUCGCGUUAGCGAGAGAUAUGCAAAUGUCCCCGGCAGAAGGAUUCCUUCUCGGUGCCGGGGCCGCCCCGUUUCACGACCUUGGGCACAAUGCCGAGCUGGCACCCAAUAUAUCCUGGAAAUCGAACGUGGAGUUACCAAAAUUCGAAGAACCUAGUUCUCUGACGAUAAAUAACAUGACUCGAGUUAUUCAAGUGGACCAGGAUGGUUCCCCAUCAUGCGAACCCCUCUCGGGCACAAACUGCGCCCUCAUGAUGAACCUCUACGGAUCGAAUGGACAAACCGGACCAGUCCUGAAAGUAACCGCCCGAGGACGGAUCGGAGAACUGAACUUUACCAAUUGCAUCCGGCUAGGCCUACAUGCGGUUUACGGGGACAAGAACCCAAUCAGCCUAGGCGGUGCAUUCUUAUUGAAAUCAGGAAAAGCCAAAUUUCACAUUAUGCCUGAUUUUCCUGCGCCAGAUAAGCUACCAUUCCGAGACCGGGCUGAACUGGAGAAUGAGUGGCUCACUUAUCAUGUUUUUGAAGCUCCUGUGGUCUGUUUGACUGUCAUGCAUAGUGCUGACCCCGAGGGACUGGGGCUGAGAAUGGAACACACGCAUUGUUUUGAUGCCGAAGGAGGGAGGAAAGGAGGGCAUUAUCAUUACGAUGUUAUGGAUGGAGAGGAGGUGGAGUAUGAGGCGUAUUUACAUCCUGCUGAGGUUUUGUAUCGGAUUGAUCGGCCAGCGUCUUGA